AUGUCCAAGCCGUUCGAUUACUCCAAGUGGGAUAACAUCGAGCUCUCCGACGACGAGGACUCCCAUCCCGGGGCGCAGUUCAUCGAGGCGCAGACUUUACGGAGGAUCAAGAGAGAGAACCAUGAACACAAGGAGCGGGAGAGAUUGGCAAAGAUUGAAACAUUACGGGCUCAAAAGUCAACGCUGACGAAGGAGAUCAAAGAGAACGAACGCACCAUGGUUGCGUGCGCGGAGGCGCUCGAGAACGUGCGAGAUGGGGACGCGGAGACGAUGAAAGAGAUGAAAGAAAGAGGCGCGCUGGCCAAGGCGAGCGUCGAGGAGAAACGCGCGGAGCGGUCAAAGAUUGAAUCCGAGAUUGCGGAGUUGGAGCGAGCGAAGAAAUUCAACGCCGAGGAGAUGUGUUACGUGAGCGCGGAGAAGACCUUGGUCGGGGCGCAGUGUAAGCCCGAGGAGGAGGAACGAGUGAAGAGGAUGUCGUACGAGGAGUUUACUCGGGCAUACGAGAAGGAUUUAGACGAAAUAGCGUCGAUAAACGGGUCGAUGUCGUACGGAGAGAUGGGGGAGUGGUUUUCUAACGGUAAGGUGCACCUCCUGGGAGAACACGCGACGGGAUACUUGUUGUUAAAGGCGCUGUAUUUAGAGAUGGAAAAGAAGACGCGGGAGGCGCGGACGUGCGCGAGAGUCGCCUUUGCAUGUAAAUCGAUCGGUGAAUUCGCGGAGGCGGGGAAGAAGAGCGAUCGAGACGCGGCGGAGCCAUUUUUCAAGCGAUUGGAUUCGAACUCGGACGUCUCGAGAGAGUAUGAGAGGUCGUUCGAGGAAUACUUUGAGAAGCUUCAGGAGCGCGCGCUGGUAAAGCUUCGCGAGGAAGCCGAGAAAGAGCAACCGAUGUCUCUCGAGGACGUCCCGGUCGAGGAGCGACUUGGUCCAGGGGGAAUGGAUCCCGUCGCUGUGUACGAUUCGUUGCCUCAAGAGAUGCGCGAUGCGUUCGAUUCGGGUUCAGUGGACGCGCUGAAGGCGUACGUGAACACGUUGCCGAUGGAGGAGGCAAGGAAACACAUGAAAGCCAUGGUGGACUCGGGAUUGUGGGUGCCGACUCCGGGAGAGGAUCCAGGCGCAGCCUUACGCUAG